UAGCAUCGACCAUGUCCAAGCCAAGGUUGGACGGCAAGGUUGCCAUCGUCACCGGCGGCGCGAGCGGCAUCGGCGAGGCGGCGGCGCGUCUGUUCGCGUCGAACGGCGCCACGGUGGUGAUCGCGGACAUCCAGGACGCGCUGGGCGAGGCGGUGGCCGCGUCGGCCGGGUGCACGUUCAUGCGGUGCGACGUGACGGACGAGGCGCAGGUGGAGGCGACGGUGGGCGCGGUGGUGGCGGCGCACGGGCGGCUGGACGUCAUGCUCAGCAACGCCGGCGUGCUGCUCCCGACGGGGUCCGUGAUGGACAUGGACCUGGCGGAGCUGGACCGCGUGAUGGCCGUCAACUUCCGCGGCGCCGCGGCGUGCGUGAAGCACGCGGCGCGCGCCAUGGUGUCGCCGCCGGACAACGGCGCACGCGGCGGCGCCAUCGUGUGCACGGCGAGCGUGGCGUCGCUCCAGGGCGGGUUCGGGCCGGCGUCGUACACGGCGUCCAAGCACGCGCUGCUGGGGCUGGUGCGUGCCGCGGCGGGGGAGCUCGGGCGCCACGGCGUGCGAGUCAACUGCGUGUCCCCCGGUGGCGUGGCCACGCCCAUGAGCUGCGCGCUCAUGGGCGUCGGGCCAGAGGAGCUGGAGGCCAUGACGGUGCCGCACAACGUCCUGCGCGGGAAGGUGCUGCGGGCGGAGGACGUGGCGGAGGCGGCGCUGUUCCUGGCGUCCGACCAGGCCUCCUUCAUCAGCGGCCACAACCUCGUCGUCGACGGUGCCACCACCGCCGUCAACCCCGCCGUGCUGCACACCGUCGGCCUGUGAACACCAAACACGCAGUAGAUAUUUCCAAACAUGUUCCAUCCUUUUGAUUGCUAUUGCUCUGUUAUUCCGUUUUCUUUGUUCAUACAUACUUCUCCAGAGUGUCAUGAAUCAUGAAUGAAACAGUAGCGCAAACCAUUGUAGCCCUUGUUUACUUUCCUCCAAACUCCCAACUUUGACACUAUGCAA